CUACUGUCAUCUCACCAUCCCAAUCAAAAUGGCCGGCCAAUUAAGCACAGACUGAACAGAACAAUCCUGCCAUGGCGGCGAAGAAGAAGACGCAGAACCGGAAUGGUAAGAAUAGCUCUGGGAAGAGGAGCUCCCAGCAGUGUGGAGUUGGAAAGGGAGUGGUUUGCACGAAAAAUGCGAACGCCAGGAAGAGGAAGAGCACGCAGCAAAUUUUCAUGAACGAGAACGAUUAUCGGCGCAGGCUUCAGGAGGUUCUCCACUCACCUGAGCACAUUUUCUCCAAAAUUUUCCGCAAAGAUGGCCCGCCCCUGGGGGAUGAGUUCGACUCUAUCCCCGAGCACGCUUUUCUCCACUGUAAUAAAGAUGCAACAAAUUCUCACAGUAUCUGCCGAGAAGACCGGAAAGCUCAAAAAAGGAGAAAGGUUUUGACUACUGCCAUCUCAGAAGGCCAUGUUUGCGGUGAACUCAACACUUCAUUUCCUCGUAAGAAGAGUGUUACAGGGAAAGACCUAAUUAUUACCAAGAAAGGAACUUCAAGAAAUAAACAUGGAAUUGGUAAAGGCUUGAUGAAUGUAAGGAGUGUUCUUGCGAAAAGGCACGGCAUUGGAAAAGGUUUGAUGACAGUUUGGCGGGCAACAAAUCCAGAUUCUGCAGCCUUUCCAACAUAUGUUGCUUUAUGUGAGCGAGAUAGAGAGAAAACGAAGUUGCAACAAAGACAGUCUAUUUUGAAAAGGUUGACAAAUAAAUCACAAGAUAAAAGAAAGCAUGCACUAAAAAGUAGAAAGUUGCAGAUGAAAGCUCAAAGUGCUUCAAGGCGGAAGCAGCCAUGCAGAGGAAAAUGUGAACUUGCUCUAGAUGGCGAGGGAAAUGAAGACAAUGAUCAAUUUGCACUGCUAAUGGACGAUGAGGAGCUGGAGUUAAAGGAGUUGCAAACAGGACCUAAUCCAUUAACAUGCUGUACACACUUCACUGGCAAUGGUUUGCAUGGUUGUUCCCUUUGCAAAGGUAUGCUAGCAAAGUUUCCUCCAGAUACUGUCAGAAUGAAGCUCCCACUAUGCAUUCAACCAUGGAAUUCCUCUCCAGAGCUUGCCCGGAAACUUUUCAAGAUCUUUCAUUUCAUAUGCACUUAUGCCUUAAUAACUGAUAUUUCUUCCUUCACCUUGGAUGAGUUUGCUUGUGCAUUUCAUGAUAAAGAGUCUUUGCUGCUUGGACAAGUUCAUGUGGCGCUACUCAGGCUUUUAUUAUCUGAUGUUGAAAUGCAGCUUGGUAGUGGAAUCAAUUGUCAUUCAAGCAAAAACUUCCAUUUUCUGGAUUUAGUUCACUCAGUUGAACAUAACAAUUCUGUUCUAAAAGUGUGGCUGAGCUCAUUGAAUGCCCUCACAUGGAUAGAGAUCCUUAGGCAAGUAUUGGCUGCCUCUGGUUUUGGGUCCCAAUGCAGUACAGUUCAUAAGGGAGCUGUCAAUAAGGAAGGCACCCUUAUGGCCAAGUAUGGCAUAGUACCUGGAACAAUGAAGGGUGAACUGUUCAGCAUUUUGCUAGUGCAAGGAAAUAGAGGGAUGAAAAUUCCAGAGCUUGCAAAACUGCAAUCUAUUGUUGAAUUGAAUCCUAUCGCAACUACCAAUGAAUUGGAAGAUUUAAUUAGCUCAACUCUUUCAAGUGACAUUACCUUGUUUGAGAAGAUUUCAUCUUCAGGAUAUCGUCUACGCAUCAAUCCCAACGUAUCACCUUAUCGAUUAGAGGCCAAAGUUGAUGAUGACUCUGACAUCAGCAGUGACUAUUGUAGUGGCGAUGAUUCUGACAUCGACUGCCUGACAUCAAGUCCAUUUAAAUCCAGAAGAAUGAAUCAUCAUAUAAACAAGACAUUGACUGUGUGCACUGAAAUUGAUGAAAGCCACGCAGGAGAACCAUGGGUUGUGGGGCUGAUGGAAGGAGAAUAUUCAAAUCUUAGCCUUGAAGAAAAACUGAAUAUCUUGAGUGCAUUGGUUGAUCUUCUUUCUUCUGCAUCUGGGCUCAGAGUUGAGGAUUCAGUGACAACGGCUGCAAAUUUUGGUCCGGUUUCGAACAAUUAUGGUUCAGGGGCUAAAAUAAAGAGAUCCACGGCAAAACCGGGCAGCUUACUCAGGAAAGUGGGAGGUUAUAGCAGUUGGCGUAGUAAAAAAAACACGAGUGUUGCAUCAGCACUUUACCCUGUUGAUUCUUUAGCUGUGAUUUCAACUUAUUUUAAGAAAGACAACAGAACAGAAGUGGAUGGUGGGGAUGAUUUGCAUCCCAUGCAGUCUAUCUUCUUAGGUUCUGAUCGUAGGUACAACCAAUACUGGAUAUUCUUGGGCCCCUGUGAUGACCUUGACCCUGGUCACAGAAGAAUAUAUUUUGAAUCUUCUGAAGAUGGUCAUUGGGAAGUGAUUGAUACGGAAGAGGCCUUGGGUACUCUGUUGUCAGCUUUAGACUGCAGAGGAGCACGGGAGGCUCGCCUUCUAGCAUCUUUGGAGAAGCGAGAGACUGUGCUUUCUCAGGCAAUGUUGGCCGUGCUUAAUAGUGAGAGUGCAAGGCAAACUGUCCUAUCUAAUCAAUGUGAAAUGAGUGUUUCAAGGGAAGACAGUUCCUCUUCAGCGGUCUCAGAUGUGGACAAUGCAAGUCUUGCUGAAGUCCAGAAUGGGCAUAUCUCUGCUAUUUAUUCUGCUGCCCAUUUAGGGAGGAAAGAACCACACAGAGACAUAUGGGGCCUUUCCCAGGCUUUUGAUACAUGGAUAUGGAAAUCAUUCUACUCCAUUUUUAGUGCCGUGAAACAUGGUAAAAGGUCAUAUCUUGAUUCGCUUGCAAGAUGUGAGGGAUGUCAUGAUUUAUACUGGAGGGAUGAGAAGCACUGCAUAAUCUGUCACACCACGUUUGAGCUCGACUUUGAUCUUGAGGAGAGAUAUGUUAUCCAUGCUGCAACAUGUGGAGUGACUGUAGAUACUAAUAAAUUCCCAUUGGAUAAAAUGCUGUCAUCACAAUUGCAAUCACUGAAAGCUGCAAUCUAUGCCAUUGAGUCAGUUAUGCCUCGAGAUGCUUUAGCAGGCUCUUGGCCCGAGUCUGUUCAUAACCUUUGGGCGAAAAGACUGCGCCGAGCCUCAACUUUAACUGAAGUUUUUCAGGUUCUUGCUGAUUUUGUCAAUGUCAUCAAUGAGGAAUGGGUCUAUCAAUUCAUUCAUGAUGGGGAAAAUGGUGUUAGGGAGGAACUUCUUGCAACUUUUCAUACCAUUCCCCAAACUGUGUCUGCCGUUGCACUUUGGUUGGUGAAACUAGAUAAGUUGAUUGCACUGUAUAUGGAAAGUUCUGCUUCCCGUAAUGCAAUUGAACUAAAUGCCAAAUCAAAAGGUAAACAUGUUCAGUGUCCGCCGGUUCAGUGCAUUAAUUACAGUUAACCGCCUCCGAAUUCCCUCUCCACAUUUGUCCAAGGCUACCCGGUCAUGGUGCUGGCAGUUACUGUAAGGUGUAAACAAUGCAUGCAUAUGCUACUGCUUCGAAUUUUGUCUAGAAACAUGGCAUGAUUCAUACUUAUAUCAGGCCAAAAGAUCAGUGCUGAAGUUAUGCACAAGCGUUCAUCAAUCAUUGUGGCUCAGUUAAAUUCUUUUUGGGAAUCUCCUGGCCAAGAACAAUGGUAGAUUUUCUGGUGUACAGAAUUUAUAAAUAGAAAAGUUCUUCAGAUCAUCUUGAAAACCCCCCAAAAUUUUGCUGUAAUGCUUAUUAUAUCAGGUUUUCAUAGUUGUCUUGACAUUUAAACUUGCAGUUGCAGCUUCACCUUGCUGUGUAUCUAGAGA